AUGUCGCAGGAAGCCAUUCAGAUGGUUCGAAAAUUGCUGCUGGCACGGGUCGACUAUUGCCUCCAGGUUUCCAGCGUCGUGCUCCUGUAUUACGAUUAUAUCCUUACUCUUCCAGCUGAGAUUGAACAUUUCUGGAAGAACCCAAGGAAGAUCAGUACAGCUAUCUAUGCCUGCUGUCGAUACGCCCUUGUUGCGAACUUGCUACAUUUAUUGCUGAAGACGCCGGGGACAGGCUUAUCGUCGAAUUCGUUCAUUGAAGCGUUGUCUGACCCACAGCUGAUGUGGGUACUACCGCACAGGUGCAACACGGUCAACCUCGUCACUGCCAUUUUCAGCAUCUUCGGUCACGCCGGAAUUGUUUCUGUAUGGGGCCUCCGAACAUACGCCAUCUGCAAAGGCAACAAGAUCAUCUCCGUGAUUCUCGGGGUUCUCGGUCUUUCAGUCAUCUUCAUGAGGAUGGCGAUCACAGGUGCUGCGUUUGUUUAUGUCAGGCAUGCACCCUCGGGGCCACAGUGCGCGAACCCACCGUAUAUCCAGCAGGUCGGUCUGGCGAGUGCGGGUUUGAUGAUGGCUUUUGAAGCGCUCUCGUUCCUCAUCGCUGCUGUUAGAGCUUGGAGGACGGUAAGGGACGAUGCAAAGUUCUGGGAUAACCCACGGUCAUCCUUGAACACUGUUGUAUUCUCUCAAGGGCUGUUAUACAUCACGGCUGUCUUUGUCCUCGCAGUACUCACAGCGACUUUUAAUAUCCGUGUAUGGGGUGGCAUUGCACGCCCCAUGAACAGCUUCCAACUCCCCCUGUCAGGUCUUCUCACAGCUCGUUUCCUCCUCAAAAUCCGCAUGUGGGAGAAGCGCGAGUUGGCAAUGACCUCACAGAUCGGGCAAGCGUCGAGCUUAGAGUUUACACCAACACCCAUAGAAGACUCGAUGCACACGCACUCUUUCGUCAAGGGCCGAGGGAAGAAGAAAUCUAAACCCUCCUUGAAACUCUUUUCGGCGAGUCGACCUGGAUCUCGCCCCGGAUCACGUCCUGGUUCCUCUUCUCGUUCCGGGAAUCCUACCACGGUCCAGAGCGGGCAUACAUGUCCGCAAUUAUCGAUACCUCAGCCUGAGAGGCUUGCGGUACCUCCAACCAACCGGAAUACCGGACUCCCAAGCCCUGUUCUCCAAACGGAUCGGGAGGGGGCGAUGAUUCGGAUGAGACUACCAGCUCGGAGGAGGGGCAGACCAGAUCGCCGCUGA